GCGAUGGGUAGCCAUCCCAUCACGAGAUGACGAGCCACAAAAGUCAGGAGGAUUCCGUCCGAUUUCUAGCCCCUUCAACACCAGCUCGCGCGCAACUCAACGCGCCUACCAGCGACCCGUAUAUAUGCCCCUCCCGCCUCCCUCUCCGCAUCCGUGUCAUCUCAUUCAUUCAUUCAUCCAUUCGCGCUCACUGCCUUCGGAAUUCGCAUUUGAUUGGAGUCCAGCAACAAUGGCUAGCGUGAGAGACGUGGUGCCUUCUUCCCCCUACUCCUCAUCGGCGCCCGACGGGGAGGUGCUGCGGUCCCUGCACCGCCUCGCGCGGGACCUGUCCGCUGCCGAGGCGCCCGCGCCGUUCCUGCGGGAGGUCUUCGCGGCCGUGGCAAGGCGGGCGAGGCUUCUUGCUGCCGUGUUCGACGACCUGCUGCUGUGUGGUGUGGCGGGGCUGCUGCCGCGGUCAGCGUCGCUGUGCCUGCGGGAGACACUGCUGGUGCUGCAGCGGUUCAAGGCGCUCGUGGCCGACUGCGCGGCACGCAGCCGCAUGCGGCUGCUGCUGCAGUCCGACGAGGUGGCCGCUCGGGCGCGGGAGCUGCAGCACGACCUCGCCACGCUGAUCGAUCUCCUCCCCGUCGCCGAGCUUGGGCUCGCCGACGACGUGGCGGACUUGCUCGCGCUCGCGUCGCGACAGUGCCGGCAGGCGGUGGCCGCGGAGCAGGAGCUCAAGGCGAGCGUGCUGGCGCUGAUCCAGGAGGUGGAGAGGGAGAUCGUGCCAGAGCGGGAGAGGCUGGAGGGCAUCCUCGAGGAGGUCGGCAUCAACGACCCGGCCAGCUGCAGCGACGAGAUCGAGACCUUGGAGCGGGAGAUUGGCGACCGCGUGGCGGAGAGGUGGACGUCGUCCAUGAUUGCCCUCGUCGGGCUCCUCCGGUACGCCAAGUGCGUCCUCUUCAGCGCGGCCACGCCGCGGCUGGUGGACUCCAAGGUGGAUCUUGACGACGAUGGGGCUGAGCCUCCGUCACCGCCGCCGGACUUCCGGUGCCCCAUCUCUCUGGACCUGAUGCGCGACCCGGUUGUGACUGCUAGCGGCCAGACGUACGACAGCGAGUCCAUUACCCGGUGGUUCGGCUCCGGCAAGUCCACGUGCCCCAAGACCGGACAAGUGCUGUCAAAUCUGGAGCUUGUGCCGAACAAGGCGCUCAAGAACUUGAUAUCGCGGUGGUGCCGGCAGAAUGGCAUCGCUGUGGACGGCUGCGAGCCUGGCAAAGCCGAGCCGGCGCCAGUGGCAGCAGCGAACAAGGCCGCCCUAGAGGCGGCGCGCAUGACCGCAUCGUUUCUUGUGAAGAAACUGUCGGCCUCUUUCUCCCCAGAAGCGACCAAGCGUUUGGUGCACGAGAUCCGGCAGCUCGCCAAAUCCGGCUCCGACAACCGCGCGUUCAUCGGGGAGGCUGGCGCCGCCGCGCUUCUCGUGCCGCUGCUCCACUCCGAGGACUCCGUGCUCCAGCUCAACGCCAUCACGGCGCUGCUCAACCUCUCCAUUCUCGAGGCCAACAAGAGGCGCAUCAUGCACGCCGAGGGCGCCGUGGAGGCGAUCUGCCACGUGAUGGGCUCCGGCGCGACGUGGCGCGCGAAGGAGAACGCCGCUGCCACUGUGCUCAGCUUGGCGGCCGUCCACACGUACCGCCGCCGGCUUGGCCGGAACCCGCGCGUCGUCGAAGGUGUUGUGCAGCUCGUGCGCACCGGCCCCUCGAGCACCAAGAAGGACGCUCUCGCCGCGCUGCUGUGCCUGUCCGGCGAGAGGGAGAACGUCGGGAAGCUCGUCGAAGCAGGAGCCGCGGAGGCUGCACUGUCGGCGAUCAGCGAGGAGGAGGCCGCCGCGGCGGUGCUGGCAUCGCUGGCCAAGCGCGGGGGCGCGGAGGCGAUCGUCAAGAUCGAUGGCGCCGUGGCGCGUCUCGUUGCCGAGAUGCGGCGCGGCACGGAGUGGUCACGGGAAUGCUCGGCGGCCGCGCUGGUGCUGCUGUGCCGGCGCGUGGGAGCCGCCGCUGUGACACAGGUGAUGGCGGUCUCCGGCGUGGAGUGGGCGAUCUGGGAGCUGAUGGGCACCGGCACGGACCGCGCGCGGCUCAAGGCCGCGUCGCUCGGCAGGGCGUGCCGGCGAUGGGCGGCGGCCGAAUCCGCCGCCAACGCGGAGCAGAGCACCGAAUGCCCCACCCCUGGCGCCGCCCCGCCGGCCAUGGUGGUCUCGUGAAAUCCAGCACACGAUUCGUAGGAGCAAAGCUCAAAAAUGCAAGAUCCACCCCCCCCCCCCCCCCAAAUAAUUCUUGCACAAAAUUUGUUUCCGGCCGUGUAGGCUGCACGAUUCUUUGGUCCGUAGGACAGUGAGUAAUUGAUCAAUUGUGCAUAGAAAAAAUAGUUCUUUUUUUCACCAUUUAGAGUUACGUAUUUUCUUGUCUCGAGAAAUACUAAGGAAAGAAAACAAAUCACUCUGUUCAGACUUCA